AUGUCGCAACCGGCUUCAGAGCCCUUUGCGCCCUUGCAAUCCCCACCAAAACCUGCCCGGAAACAGAACAAUGCCUCCCAAGAACGUCGCCGGCGGAGGUCCUCGAUCAAUCUGCCAGCGGACCCCCCGGGAGACACGGAGACAAUAUCACUAGCAACCUUCCGAGACAUAUCACCCUCUACCAGCGCAGCAGUAUCGGUGAGGCCAAUCCGACCCCCCAACUCACGCCUGAAGCACGUCAGACAGACGGCGACUAACACGACCCAGCGCACCUCCUCAGAAAAGACCCCCCGCCGCUCCAAGCGACGAAAAGUAAAGUCCUUCUUCCGGCGCUGGAAGAGCCUUUCCCUGCGACACACCUGGCUGAACCCCCUCCUCAUCUGCCUGCUCGUCGGGGGCCUCUACCUCAUCAACCCCUCGCCCUCGAACCCCGUCUCCGCCGCGCUCUUCCUCUCCUACCCGCUCCCACGCGCCCCCGAUGCCGACCCCUCCGCGCCGACCAUGUACGGCAAGGGCCGGCGCGACUUCGCCUUCGUCGCCUUCUACACCGUCCUGCUGUCCUUCACGCGCGAGUUCCUGAUGCAGCGGCUGCUCCGGCCCCUCGCGAUCCGCUUCCGCAUCCCCUCGCGCGCGAAGCAGAGCCGCUUCAUGGAGCAGCUGUACACGGCAAUCUACUUCGCCGUUUUCGGGCCCUUGGGGCUGUAUGUGAUGAGCCUGACGCCGGUGUGGUAUUUCAACACGCGCGCCUUCUACGAGGGCUUUCCGCACAGGACGCUGCUGGGCAUCUUCAAGGCGUACUACUUGCUGCAGGCGGCGUACUGGAGCCAGCAGAUGAUUGUGCUGCUGCUCAUGCUGGAGAAGCCGAGGAAGGACUUUAAGGAGCUGGUUGGACACCAUGUCAUCACGCUGGCGCUGAUCUAUCUGAGCUAUCGGUUCCAUUUCACGUACAUGGGGCUCGCGGUGUAUAUCACGCACGACAUCUCGGACUUUUUCCUUGCUUCCUCCAAAACCCUAAACUACCUCUCCUCCCCCCUUGUAGGCCCCUACUUCGGCCUCUUCAUCCUCGUCUGGACCUACCUCCGCCACCACAUCAACCUGCAAAUCCUGUACUCGAUCCUCACCGAAUACAGCACCGUCGGCCCUUUCGAGCUGAACUGGGAGACCGAGCAAUACAAGUGCCGGCUCGCCCAGUGGGUCACCUUUGCGCUGCUCGCGUCCCUGCAGGCUGUGAAUCUGUUCUGGCUGGGCUUGAUCAUCAAGAUCGCGGUUCGGUUCGUGACGAGCAAGGAGGUUGUGGAUGAGCGGAGCGACGAGGAGGAUGAGGGGGAGCUAGAAGGGAGCUCGGAGGCGGAUAUGAGCGACGGGCUAGCGAACGCGGACGGCCUACUGAACGGAAGCGCACGGGGGAAAAGCAGUGCGAACGGCCCGACUGUGCUCUUGAACGGCGAGCCGGUUGGCGAUGAGAUGUCCAUGGAUGCCGCGGUCGAGGGGCCCAUCAGGCAGAGGAGAAAAAAGUAG